AUGGGUGUCUCGGACACAGAUUGGGACUACGUCCUGGUCGGCGGCGGGCUGUCCGCCACCGUCCUGGCGAGCAGCCUCAUUCGCUUCGACGCAUCGCUAAAGAUUCUCGUCGUCGAAGCUGGCCCCAACGCGAAUGACGCAACCGACAUUGUCUACGCGAAUUCCACGAAUCUAGUCGGCGGUGCGUAUGAUUGGAAAGACAAGACAGUGCCCCAGGCGCACCUGGGCGGCCGCAGCGUCGACGUGCCAGCCGGCCGUGCCCUGGGAGGCGGCACCGUCAUCAAUAUGUGCGGUUGGAUUCGUGGUGACAAGGCGGAUUACGAUCUCUGGGGCGAAGUCGUCGGCGACAAACGAUGGAGCUACGCUGGCUUGCUCCCAUACAUGAGGCAGACGGAGACGCUACACAGCACCGCAAUCGACGCCGAACAGCGUGGCGCCACAGGACAUAUGCACAUUCAGACAGUUUCGGGCACGAAGCGAGCCUUCCCGCUGCGGGCCAGUGUGCUCAAGUCUUGGGAGGAGGUCGGAGUGUCAGCGUUACCCAACUUUGACGCAAAUGCAGGCUGCGCCCUGGGUGUCGCAGAGCUCCACGAAAACAGAUCCAGUGGUCGACGAGAAAUAUCCUCGGCCGUCUAUCCACUCGACGGAGUCACGGUUGUCACAGACACGAUGGUCGCCAUGAUCCUAGUCGACAACGAGGGCAGGCCCCGAGCGCGAGGGAUCCAGCUCGAAGACGGAACGCAGGUUCAAGCAAAGGAGGUGAUAGUCACAGCCGGCGCUGUGCGCACGCCACAGAUCCUCAUGCUCUCCGGCAUUGGUCCAGCUGCCCAGCUGCGCAAGCACGGCAUCGCAGUUUCGCUGGACUCGCCAGACGUGGGCAAGAACCUGUGCGACCACACCCUGCUCGCCACAGCCUGGAAGCUCAAGGAUCCAUCCGCUGGCCACGCCCUUGGAUCAAACAACCCACUGUUUCAGCAGGAGCAGUUUGCCUGGGGCCAGCCGAUUGACUUUGUUGUCACUACCGGAGCGCAGGACAAGGCCGGGCUGGCAAAAGCCAUCGAGGCGGACGAGGGAGUGGCACCCGACCCAGCGACGCAUCCUCUGUUGAAGCAGGAGCGCGCUUUCAACGAACAUCUAAUUAUUUACGCCGGUGCGCCAGACGGUUCGGCGAUUGGGCUGUUUCAUGUCAACUUGCUGCCUACAGCGCGCGGGACAGUGACCCUUGCGUCUGCGGAUGUACGUGACACUCCACUUAUAGAUCCGAAUUUCCUGGGGACGGAAGUGGACAAGUUCAUCGCCCGCGAUGGCAUCCGCCAGCAGAUCCGCAUUGCUGGGAGCACCGACACGGUCCUCGGGCGGGACAUUCUCAGCGGCGAGAUGGGCGCUCCCGGCUUCGACGGCGUGUUCACCCCAGAAUCGACCGACGACUUUAUUGACGGAAGAAUCGCCGCGGGACUGGGAUCAUGCUAUCACUCGAUGGGGACUGCAGCGAUGGGCAAGGUUGUCGACCCUGAUCUUCGAGUCAAGGGCGUGGACAGCCUGCGGGUUGUGGACGCAUCGGUGCUUCCAGUGUCGAUCACAGGUCAUCUUCAAGUGGCCGUUUACGCCUUGGCGCUGCAGGCUGCAGAUAUAAUUCACCGGGAUAUCAGAGAGCACAAGCAAUAG